GUGGUUCGCGACGACGCAACAAUUCACAUCAAGAACCCUGACCCACUGCCUAACUUUUCCAUUCCCCCUGGAUUCCACGCACACAACUUCUAAGCACUAUGGCGCGCUCUCGUUCUUCCGCUUCGUCAAGCUCUCGUCGACCCGUCCUGACUGCCAAGCCAGCGCCUGCACCGGUUGCUCGUACGACAGCCAGUGCCCCAGUUCCCGUUCAAACUCAACCUGGAGGUGGUCUUGGAUCGGGACUUCUUGGCACUGUCGCCGAGGGCAUGGCUUUCGGAACAGGCAGUGCCAUCGCCCAUCGUGCCGUUGGUGCCGUUGCCAACUCGUUUGGAGGAAGUAGCGACCACGUGGCUGCCUCGACACCGUCGACAAACUCGGCAGAAGCUACGACAACAUCGCCAACAUCUUUGGCUCCUCCUGAAUUCAAUUCGUGUCUGAAUGACCACAAGGCGUUCUUGGACUGCUUGCAAGUCAGCAAGAAUGACAUUGCGAGCUGCCAGUUUUACUUUGACCAGUUCAACAUGUGCAAGUCCCAAGGAAACUUUCGAGCAGAGCUUUAACCAUGUUCCAUCGAGCUGAGAGCAUUUGAGCCAUCAAACGAAACAAAGCAUUCCUGUAUAUAUUUUCGACCUUUCUCGAGCGCGAUUCGGCGGUCGGAAGGCACACCGUG